AUGAUCGCGCAGGUUGUAUUCUUCACUACUUUCUUGGUAAUGACGCAAGCAGGGUAUUUUGGAGAAGGGCACGAAGGAGAUUUAGGUCUCGAAGGGCAUCAUCAUGCUACUUCCUAUAUCAGUGGACAUGGCGUUGCUAUUGCUGACCACAAAUCUCACCCUCACGUUGAACACCAUGCGCCUCCAAAAUACGAAUUCAAGUACGGCGUCGAGGAUCUCCAUACUGGGGACGUCAAGGAGCAGGACGAAAAGAGGGAGCACGAUUUCACGCAGAGCAACUACUUCGUGGCCGAAAAGGACAGGAAGAUAUCGGUGAACAGGAUAAUUUCCGGAGCGGUGCCCAUACCGAUAGCGAAAUGGUAG